AUGCCUCAAACCCGAUCCCAGACACAAGCUACCAUCAGCUUUCCGAAAAAGAAGCUAGCUAAGACACUGAACAAAACAGACUCCGGGGACAGUAAAGCAAGACUUAAAAGCGUCCAGGCUGUACCCUCCACUCCAUGUGUGGACACGAAAAUUCUGCCCCUCAGUCCCAGAAAACGUUUGGGUGACGACAACCUGUGCAACACCCCUCGAUUAUCUCCGUGUUCCCCGCCAAAGCUAGGCAGGAAAGAAAACGGCCCCCCUCGCUCACGUACGCGGAAGGGGUGCAGAUUGGUGUUCGGGGAUGAGCCGGCAGUUAGGUCUUCAAGCCAGAAAGAACAAGACAGGGUUCACCAAAGCCAGGUACCUUCCCCGGCUCAGAAAGGUCAAGAGAGCGAAGCAGAUUCCGAGCAGACGUAUCCAGCGGAGAAGGACUCUGCCUGCAUAAGACUGUUCAAGCAGGAUGGCACUUGCUACCAGCAGGCGAAGCUUGUCCUGAGUACAGCUGUCCCCGACCGGCUGCCUGCCAGAGAGCAGGAGAUGGGUGUCAUCAGGGAUUUCCUGAAGGAACACAUCUGUGGGAAAAAAGCUGGAAGUCUCUACCUCUCUGGCGCUCCUGGAACUGGAAAAACUGCCUGCUUAAGCCGGAUUCUGCAAGACUUCAAGAAGGAAGUGAAAGGCUUUAGAACUGUCAUGCUGAAUUGCAUGUCUUUGAGGAAUGCCCAGGCAGUGUUCCCAGCCAUCGCUCAGGAGAUUGGUCAGGAGGAAGUGUGCAGACCGGCUGGGAAGGACUUGAUGAGAAAACUGGAAAAGCAUAUGACGGCUCAGGGCCCCAUGAUUGUGUUGGUGUUGGACGAGAUGGACCAGCUGGACAGCAGAGGGCAGGAUGUGCUGUACACGCUGUUUGAAUGGCCGUGGCUGAGCAAUUCCCGGUUGGUGCUCAUUGGUAUUGCUAAUACCCUAGAUCUCACAGACAGAAUUCUGCCGAGACUUCAAGCUAGAGAGAACUGUAAACCACAGCUAUUGAACUUCCCGCCUUACACCAGAAAUCAGAUCGCCACAAUCUUGCAGGAUAGACUUAAUCAGGUGUCGAGAGAACAGGUUCUGGACAGCGCCGCGAUUCAGUUCUGUGCCCGCAAAGUAUCCGCCGUUUCGGGAGACAUCCGUAAAGCACUGGAUGUUUGCAGGCGAGCUAUUGAAAUUGUGGAGUCGGAUGUGAAAAGCCAAACCAUCCUCAAGCCACCGUCUGAAUGUAAAUCACCCUCCGAGUCGCUGGUACCCAAGUGUGUUAGUCUUGCUCACAUAUCCCAAGUCAUUUCGGAGGUGGAUGUUAACAGGGUGACUUUGAACCAAGAGAAAACCCAAGAUUCCCUCCCUCUUCAGCAGAAGAUCUUGGUUUGCUCUUUGCUGCUCUUGACCAGGCGGCUGAAAAUCAAAGAGGUCACUCUGGGGAAGUUAUACGAAGCCUACAGUAGUGUCUGUCGCAAACAGCAGGUGGCAGCUGUGGACCAGUCUGAGUGUUUGUCCCUUUCAGGACUGCUGGAGUCCAGAGGCAUUUUAGGAUUAAAGAAAAAUAAGGAGAGCCGCCUCACCAAGGUGUCCCUGAAGAUUGAAGAGAAGGAAAUAGAGCAUGUCCUGAAAGGCAAAGCUUUCCUUGGUAACAUCCUUGCUGCUGGUCUGCCCUGAAUGGUUCUCUGACUACACCUGCAAGUGUCCAGCUGGCAUUUGGCAGGCGAGGGAGUCUUCUUUUUAAUAGGGUCAUUUGGAAACAAUUGCCACCUUUUUUACUCCGCACCAGUAAAUUUUAAUGAAUGGAUUCAUGAGUGUUAGCACUGGCUAACAUCUUUGGCUCUUCAGCGUUUUUACCCAUAAAAGUGGCCAAAUGGCUGGGUGUGAUGACGUAGGCCUGUGAGUCCAGCACUUGGGAAAGAGAGGCACAGGUCUCAGGAAUUCGAGGCCAUCCAUCCUUUGCUACGUGGUGAGUUUGGGGUUGGCCUGGACCACAUGAUACUCUUCUUAAAAGCAAAACCAAUGACUCCCUCCUUUUAAAAGUGAUUAUUCAGUACCGUGACCACUGACAUUCCUAACCGGUGUGCCUGCAAGUGUAUGCAGACUUGUGUUGAAGAGUUUGUAUGUAUUCACUUCUGCCUG